UUAAAAAAAAAAUUUAAAAAAAUUAAAAAAUCAGUGGAAAAAAAAUCAGUGAAAUAUUGAUAGUGUUAUUUGAUAUAAGCUGAAUUAACCCUCCAUUUAGAUUUCCAAAUCUUUGUAAAAAAAGAAAUGACAAAGUCAAGAGUUAGGUUCUCUUUGGAAACUGAAAUGAUGCCUCCAGGGGGCAGCACCAAGGCAGAGAAAUACACUAAAAUCGCUCAUUCCUCCUUUCCUUGGGCUAGGGCUCCCCACAGUUCCCCACCAUCACUCCUCCCAUUCCUUCCAACUUUAUUUUUAGCUGCUGGUGGGAGGGGGCAGGAUGGGAGGGAAAGUAAAGAAAACAGAGAAGGAGAGGGACAGAGGCAGAGAGGACUUCUCACACGGACAGAGAACAUCAAGGCAUGGAAUUCCCCCUCAUCCCUCACCUGUUCUUGCCCCUGAUGUUCCUGACAGGUCUCUGCUCCCCCUUUAACCUGGAUGUGCAUCGCCCACGCCUAUUUCUAGGCCCACCAGAGACUGAAUUUGGAUACAGUGUCUUACAACAUGUUGGGGGUGGACGACGAUGGAUGCUGGUGGGUGCCCCCUGGGAUGGGCCUUCAGGUGACCGAAGGGGGGACGUUUAUCGCUGCCUUGUAGGGGGCUCCCACAGUGCCCCCUGUGCCAAGGGCCACUUGGGUGACUAUCCACUGGGAAAUUCAUCUCGUCCUGCUGUGAACAUGCACCUGGGGAUGUCUCUGUUAGAGACAGAUGGCAAUGGGGGAUUCAUGGCUUGUGCCCCUCUCUGGUCUCGUGCUUGUGGCUCAUCUGUCUUCAGUUCUGGAAUAUGUGCCCGUGUAGAUGCUUCGUUCCGGCCCCAGGGAAGCCUGGCACCCACCGCACAACGCUGCCCCACAUACAUGGAUGUCGUCAUUGUCUUGGAUGGCUCCAACAGCAUCUAUCCAUGGUCUGAAGUUCAGACCUUCCUACGAAGACUGGUAGGGAGACUGUUUAUUGACCCGGAACAGAUACAGGUGGGACUAGUACAAUAUGGAGAGAGCUCUGUCCAUGAGUGGUCCCUGGGAGAUUUCCGAACCAAGGAAGAAGUGGUGAGAGCGGCAAGGAACCUGAGCCGGCGAGAGGGACGAGAAACAAAGACUGCUCAAGCAAUAAUGAUGGCCUGUACAGAAGGAUUCAGCCAGUCCCGUGGGGGCCGACCAGAGGCUGCCAGGCUACUGGUGGUUGUCACUGAUGGGGAGUCCCACGACGGAGAGGAGCUUCCCACAGCACUGCAGGCCUGUGAGGCCGGAAGAGUGACACGCUAUGGGAUUGCGGUCCUUGGUCACUACCUCCGGCGGCAGCGAGACCCCAGUUCUUUCCUGCGAGAAAUCAGAGCUAUUGCCAGUGAUCCAGACGAGAAAUUCUUCUUCAAUGUCACAGAUGAAGCAGCACUGACUGACAUUGUGGAUGCAUUAGGGGACCGGAUUUUUGGCCUUGAGGGGUCCCAUGGAGAAAAUGAAAGCUCCUUUGGGCUGGAAAUGUCUCAGAUUGGUUUCUCUACUCAUCAGCUAAAGGAUGGGAUUCUCUUUGGAAUGGUGGGGGCUUAUGACUGGGGGGGCUCAGUGUUAUGGCUUGAAGAAGGUCGCCGCCUCUUCCCACCACGGACAGCCCUGGAAGAUGAAUUCCCCCCUGCAUUGCAGAACCAUGCCGCCUACCUGGGUUACUCUGUUUCCUCCAUGUUUUUGCGGGGUGGUCGCCGCCUCUUUCUCUCAGGGGCUCCUCGGUUUAGGCAUCGAGGAAAGGUCAUCGCCUUCCAACUUAAGAAAGAUGGGGCUGUGAGGGUCGCCCAGAGCCUCCAGGGGGAGCAGAUUGGCUCAUACUUUGGCAGCGAACUCUGCCCAUUGGACAUCGACGGGGAUGGAACAACUGAUGUCUUACUUGUGGCUGCCCCCAUGUUCCUGGGGCCCCAGAACAAGGAGACAGGACGCGUUUAUGUGUAUCUAGUGGGCCAGCCAUCCUUGCUGACACUCCAGAGAACACUUCAGCCAGAAAUCCCCCAGGAUGCUCGGUUUGGCUUUGCCAUGAGUGCUCUUCCUGAUUUGAACCAAGAUGGUUUUGCUGAUGUGGCUGUGGGGGCGCCCCUGGAGGAUGGGCACCAUGGAGCCCUGUACCUCUAUCACGGGGCCCAGAGAGGAGUCCGGCCGCGUCCUGCACAGCGGAUUGCCGCUGUCUCCAUGCCUCAGGCCCUCAGCUACUUUGGCCGAAGUGUGGAUGGCCGGCUGGAUCUAGAUGGUGAUGACCUGGUUGAUGUGGCCGUGGGUGCCCAAGGGGCAGCCAUCCUGCUCAGCUCCCGGCCCAUUGUCCGCCUGGCCCCUUCACUAGAUGUGACCCCGCCGGCCAUCAGCGUGGUUCAGAGGGACUGUAAGCGGCGAGGCCAGGAGGCAACCUGCCUGUCCGCAGCCCUUUGCUUCCAAGUGACCUCCCGCACUCCCGGCCGCUGGGAUCGCCGAUUCUAUGUGCGGUUCACAGCAUCGCUGGACGAGUGGACAACUGCAGCCCGGGCAGCAUUUGAUGGCUCUGGCCAGAGGCUGUCCCCUCGGCGGCUCCGGCUCAGUGUGGGGAACAUAACUUGUGAGCAACUGCACUUCCACGUGCUGGAUACUUCAGAUUACCUCCGGCCAGUGUCCUUGACUGUGACCUUUGCUUUGGACAACACCACAAAGCCAGGGCCCGUGCUGGAUGAGGGCUCACCCACCUCCAUCCGAAAGCUGGUCCCCUUCUCCAAGGACUGUGGCCCUGACAAUGAAUGUGUCACAGAUUUAGUACUUCAAGCUAAUAUGGACAUCAGAGGCUCCAGGAAGGACCCGUUCGUGGUUCGAGGUGGCCGGCGGAAAGUGCUGGUGUCAGCAACUCUGGAGAACAAGAAGGAGAAUGCCUACAACACUAGCCUGAGUCUUGGCUUCUCCAGAAACCUCCACCUGUCCAGUUUCACUCCUCAGAGCAACAGCCCAGUGAAGGUGGAGUGUGCAGCCCCCUCCCCGCAUGCCCGGCUCUGCAGCGUGGGGCAUCCUGUCUUCCAGAUGGGAGCCAAGGUGACCUUCCUGCUAGAGUUUGAGUUUAGCUGCUCCUUCCUCCUGAGCCAGGUCCUUGUGAGGCUGACAGCCACCAGCAGUAGCCUGGAGAGAAAUGGAACGCUUCGAGAUAACACAGCCCAGACCUCAGCCUACAUUCAGUAUGAGCCUCACCUCCUAUUCUCCAGCGAGUCCACUCUGCACCGCUAUGAGGUCCACCCCUAUGGAACCCUCCCAGUGGGCCCUGGCCCCGAAUUCAAAACCACUCUUAGGGUUCAGAACCUUGGCUGCUAUGUGGUCAGUGGCCUCAUCAUCUCAGCCCUCCUUCCAGCUGUGGCCUAUGGGGGCAACUACUUCCUGUCACUGUCUCAAGUCAUCACUAACAAUGCAAGCUGCACAGUGCAGAACCUGACCGAACCCCCAGGGCCCCCGGUGCAUCCAGAGGAGCUUCAGCACACAAGCAGGCUGAAUGAGAGUAAUACCCGCUGCCAGGUUGUGAGGUGCCACCUGGGGCGGCUGGCAAAGGGGACCGAGAUCUCUGUUGGACUCCUGAGGCUGGUUCACAAUGAAUUUUUCCGGAGGGCCAAAUUCAAGUCUCUGACAGUAGUCAGUACCUUCGAACUGGGCACUGAAGAGGGCAGCGUCCUACUGCUGACUGAAGCCUCCCGGUGGAGUGAGAGCCUCCUGGAGGUGAUUCAGUCCCGCCCUGUCCUCAUUUCUCUGUGGAUCCUCAUUGGCAGUGUCCUGGGAGGGCUGCUCCUGCUUGCUCUGCUUGUUUUCUGCCUUUGGAAGCUUGGCUUCUUUGCCCGGAAGAAAAUCCCUGAGGGAGAAAAAAGAGAAGAGAAAUUGGAGCAAUGAAUGUAGAAUAAAGUCCAUAAAGACCUCUCUUGCAGCUUCUCCAAAAGACUUGCCUAAGAGCAGAAGUUUGGGGGCUCAGAUGGUGCAAGAGGAAGAAAGCCUCUGGACUGUCUCCCCCGACCUGCAGCCUGACUUGACUUUUGAGUCAUGAGGAUGCUGCUGGCAAGAGAUGAGGCCUCACCUCAGACAAGAAGGGCUGGCACUAAAACCAGGAACAUUCCCACCCUGUGCUUCCCUCCGUGUGAUCCUGGCUCCAGAGCUUACUCUGGGGCCUUAGUGUAGGGCCCCUUUUUUCCCCUGUCCCUGGGAAUCAAGCAUUUUUUUUUUUUUUGCCUAGGUCCUUGAGUUCUUUCAGAUUCCCCCACUGGAAAGGACGAGGGUUAUCUUCCACCAUUCCCCCACCUCUCACCUUCCUGCCUUCUCCCCACUCCACAGGAGAGCGCUGACGUUGGCUUGCAUGAAGUAAAGUCAACAUCUGCUGCUUUCCUGUGGAGUCUGGUGAUUCAGAGGGCCGGAUGGGGAGAGUCAACAGGAAAAAAGGAGGGAGGAGGAAAAGCCACAAGAGACAUUCUGUACAAUUCCAAGAAACAGAGAAGCCUUUAGACAGGCAACUGCCAUUCCCCCUGAAACCCGAGACUUUCGUGGUGCACUCGCCCGCGCUCGCCCGCCCUCAGGUGCUGGUGAAAGGGAACUGCUCCAGGCCUGCUGGGCAAGGGUGUCCCAGCUCGGCAGCCUUCCCUGGGAGCAAAGCCAGGGCUGGGCGCCGGAUUCUCUGGAGCCAGGGGCCCCCAUGUGGCUGGAGCUGGAAUAACAGGAAAGACUGGAUGCCCCAGGCAGUUUUUUCUUCUCAGGCCACACACCCUCUUAAGCCCUCCUUGGAGCCUCCUUAUAGAAACUAGAGAGAAGGGAGAGGAUUGCUGCUUGAUGGUGCGAAACCCUUUCACCUUACUAGAUUUGGGAGGCAGAAGCACCAAGGGGUCUGAACAAGUGGGGUCUGAAUUAAGGAAGAAGCUGAAGAAGGUGGCAAGAGGUCUCUGGGAAGCAAGCCCUUACUUGCUUGGCACUGGUUAUAUAGCACAAAUAGCUCCUACGAAAUAUUCCUGGGGCAUCUCCAGCCAUCUUGUGAGGAUUCUCUGGUGGCAUCAGUUUGCCAGCCCUUGCCUAAUGUUUACUGGAAAUUCCCAAGUUAAUUUCUAUCUCUGAACAACCCCCACCCUCCAUCCCCUCACCCCCAACUCUCACUUUUUGGUCAUGGCCAGUAAAGAGGAAUGGAUUCUCCUUGACAACUGGGUAACUUUCAGUUCUUUGUAACCAAGACUCUGGAUACCAAAGUCAGAUAUUGGUUUCCAGAGAGCAGCUCUGACAGCCACUUGAAGAAUCAACACCCAUUUACAGCCAAGGAGAGAGGGGACUUGGCUGGGCAAUUGACUAGUAGCCACAGAUUCUCCUCCAGGGCUGUUCUUGAGAUCUGGUCAGAGAGUUUAUUUUGACUUGUCUCUGACCUUGUACAGACAGCAUUGUCUCUGUUUUCUAAUAGGGUGGACAGUUUAUCAGAUGGUCAGAACAAAUGAAGUUCAGUAUCAAAUGAC